AUGGUGAUGCCGAGCAACAUAGUGGGCAUCCAGGCAGCUCUCUUUGACCCUCAUGGCCGCUUUCUGCUCCUCUCCACCCCUCUCAACACACUCUACCUCUCUCCACCCCUCUCCAAAACACUCUACUUCUCUCUCCCCCCGCGCCAGAUGGUGAUGGUGAUGGCGAGCAACAUAGUGGGUAUUCAAGCAGCGCCCUUUGACCCCGACACCUACGAGGAGGGUGGCCCGCAGAACCUCAUUCGCUGGCGCCACGUGCGCCGCCCCGACGGCUCCAUGGGGGUGGAGAGCAACGCGCGCAUGGUUCGAUGGUCAGACGGCUCGCUGCAUCUGCUGCUGGGCGCUGAGGUGCUGGCGACAGACAUCAAGAGCAUGCAGCACGACAAGGCACACCUCUUCGUUCGCCACCCCAAGCAAGGGGUGGUGCAGGGGCAGGGGCAGCUUCUUGAAAAGAUGCGGUUCCGGCCGUUCGACACGCACAGUCUGAUCCACAAGAAGCUGACGCUGGGGCUGGACUCAAAGUACCGCAAGGGCAAGGAGCUCAAGAGCAUCGUCACCACGGGCGACCCCGAAAAGGAGAAGGAGGAGCGCGAGCGGAGCAUACAGCAGCAGAUCCGCACCAAGGAGACACUAAGGCAGGAGCAGGAGAAGCGCGCGCGGAAGUACUCCAACCAGCCGCAGCAGCGCGCUGCGCGCGACCGCGAGCAGCAGCGAUACGGCAGGGGAUAUCGGCAACAGAGGGACGAAGAGGGCUAUGGGUAUGGGCGGGAUCGAGGGAGGGGAGGGGGCGGGCGGCGGAACGAGUACGAGAACGAGGAGGACGAGGAGGAAGAGGACGAUUAUGAGGAGGAAGAGGAGGAAGAGGAGGACAGAUACGAUCGGCGACAAGGGAAGAGGCGCUCCCCCUCCUACGACCAUCGCCCUGCCAAGGCUGCAAAGAGCUCAGGCAGGGGAGGGAGAUACAGUGAUGAGGAGGACUCAGACGAGGAUAGGGGCCGCGGGGGGUAUGAUGAGGGACGGGGGGGCAGGGGCAGGAGAGUGGAGGAAUCUGAUGAGGAGGGGUAUGGGCGGAGAGGGGGGGAGGAGCAGGGGGGGGAUGAAGAGGACUGGAUGGAGGAGAGGGAGGAGAGUAAGAAGGCGGCUGCGUGGCGGAGGAAGAGAGUGGUGGAGAGCGAUGAGGAUGAGUAG